AGCGUGGGCCCCACCUAUCGUGGGUCCCUGCUACGGCCGUAGUGCGUUUAGCUGGUAGGCUCUGAUCUAGAUGUGCCGGGGUCCGCAGGGUUUGAGGCCCAAGUCCAACCUGGCUUCCCGGGAUGUCGGUGGCCUUCGUACCGGACUGGCUGAAAGGCAAGGCGGAAGUCAAUCAGGAGACGAUCCAGCGGCUUUUGGAGGAGAAUGACCAGCUCAUCCGCUGUAUAGUGGAGUAUCAGAACAAAGGCCGGGCGAAUGAGUGUGUCCAGUACCAGCAUGUGUUACACAGAAAUCUCAUUUAUUUGGCUACCAUUGCAGAUGCCAACCCGACCAGUGCUUCAAAAGCAAUGGAAUAAUCUUUCAGUUGGCUGUCCUGAGGACUUACUGAUUAUAAUCCAUGUCCUAUGAAGUAAAGACAGGAUCUUUACCAACUGAAAUGCUUAAAACUUGAAUGAGCCCUCUGUGGCUCUUUUAAAAAUGUGAAAAUGGGAAGAAAGCUACUAAGUGAACUAUAUUCUCAGUGUAAAUAUUUUAAUAAUUAAGCUCCAGAUGUCCUCUUUCCUGAAAUAGGCAUAUUUGGAUAACAGAGAUAUCAUGGGCAUCUUCAAUUCUACUUUUCAGUUUCAGCCUGAAGAGGAAACUGAUUAGGUGGUGGGGAAUCAAGAGGAACUGGCAAGACUCCUGACUGAGGCCCUGCCUAAUGGAUGUGUAAUUGUGUGCUCCCCCCUCCUCCAGUUUGUAGUUGUGGACCUGGCCAUUUUUGGGUUGCUUUGAAAUAAAGCCUGUCUUUCCAUGAAA